AUGUCUCAACCAGCCGGCGACAAUUCCGACCUCGGCUCGUCCAAGAGCACGCCUCAACAGCAAUCACAACCGCCGGCCGAUGACCAAUCCACCGUCAUCCAUGUGGACAAAAUCGAGGGCGCCAGCUCUGUUGAAACCUCAAUGGACCCGGUAGCGCCGACCGAACCAACCGAACUGAGUCGCUUCUCGCUUUCCGGCGCCGGCCACAUCUCGCUCGACGACGUCGAGGCCGUUGAUGUUCAAAUCCGCGGCCUGGCUGUCACCGUUGACACCUCGCCGUCAUGGUUCGACCCUGCGACCUACCCCGAGUUGGCACGGGCAAAGUUCAAUCCUGAACCGAGCUCCAAAACUCUGUUGCACCAUGUCAACGCCUCCCUGCACCCCGGGACCCUGACGGCCAUCAUCGGCGGCAGCGGGUCCGGAAAGACGACGCUGCUGAACACCAUGUCGGAACGCAUGGUAAGCGCACGUCUGGCCCAGGGCGGCUCCAUCACCUUCAACGGCGACGAAGGGAUUCACGGCGCUCGGCACGCCUAUGUCAUGCAGCAAGACGUCCUCCUCCCCACCCUGACGGUGCGGGAGACGCUGCGAUAUUCCGCCGACCUGCGACUGCCGCCACCCACGACGGCCGAGGAGCGGAUGCGCAUUGUGGAGGAGGUCAUCCUCGAACUGGGACUCAAGGAAUGCGCCGAUACAAGGAUAGGAAACAGCCAGCACAGGGGGUGCUCCGGAGGCGAGAAGAGGAGGGUCAGCAUAGGCGUCCAGAUGCUGGCGAACCCCUCGGUCCUUUUCCUCGACGAACCGACGACCGGCCUGGACGCCACGAGCGCUUUCCAGCUCGUGCGCACGCUGAAGAGGUUGGCGACCAAGGGCAGGACCAUCAUCACGACCAUCCACCAGCCGCGGUCGGAGAUUUGGCAUCUGUUCGACAACCUCAUCAUCCUGACCAAGGGAAGCCCCGUGUACUCGGGCCCCGCCGGCGAGUGCCUGCCGUGGUUCGACCGCAUGGGCUUCAAGCUGCCGCCCUUUGUCAACCCGGCCGAGUUCCUCAUCGACAUCGCCGCCAUAGACAACCGUACGCCCGAGCUCGAGGCCGAGACAACGGCGCGGGUCGACCGGCUCAAAAGCGCGUGGGUCAGCGAGAGCGAGAAGAGGUUCGAGCCUUCCGAGAAGGUCGUCCAGGCCGUGGGACGACGGCCAGGCGCCAGGCCCGGGACCAACAAGCACGCCACGUAUGGGCGGCAAAUCAAAGUCUUGACCGACAGAACCUUCAAGGUCACGUAUCGCGACCCGAUGGGCAUGCUGGCGUCCAUCUUGGAAGCGGUCCUCAUGGCUGCCGUCACCGGAUAUAUCUUCUUUGACCUGCCCAGGGAUCUCUCCGGCAUCCGCUCUCGGCAGGGCGCUCUCUACACCUGCACAGGUCUCCAGGGAUACCUUACGCUCAUGUUCGAGGUCUACCGGCUCACCGUCGACAUACCGACGUUCGACCGAGAGCACAGCGAGUCUUGCGUCGACGCAGUCCCGUUCCUUGUCUCCCGCCGGCUGGCCCGCCUCUUUACCGAAGACCUGCCCGUCCCCUUCCUGUUCUCCGUCAUAUACUAUUUUUUGUGUGGCUUCGAACCAGACGCCGGCCAGUUCUUUGUCUUCUUCGCCAUCACCCUGCUCACUCACUACAUCGCCGUCACAUGCGCCGUCACCUGCGUGGCCGCGUCGAGGAAUUUCCCGGGCGCCAGUCUGAUUGCGAACAUGGUAUUCACCCUGCAGAGCAUGGCCUGCGGCAUGUUCAUCCAGGCGAAUUCGAUCCCAGUCUACGUGCGCUGGCUGAAGUGGAUCACGUAUUCGUUUUACUCGUUUGGUGCCUAUUGCGGUAAUGAGUUUGAAGGGAACUUCUACGACUGCCCGGCCGAAGGCGGCAUUUCGAAUCCGGAAUGCGCACAGUACACCGGUCGUUUCAUCAUGAACUCCCUUGGCUUCCCGAGCAACUGGGUCUGGAGGCCUAUCGUCGUCAUGGAGGCCUUUAUCGUCUUCUUCUGCGUCUUGUCGGCCGUCGGACUCCAGUACAUCAGGCAGGAAAUGACGAUCGCGCGCGCGAGGAACUCUGACACCGAUCUGUCGGCCGGGAAGGAGAAGAUGACGGCGCGGUCCAUCUCCGAGGUCCGCACCAUCAACGUGGAGCUGGACGGCUUUGCGCUGGCCCUGGACAAGAGGGCGCCUUCGGGGAAAAGGCUACCGACGAAGACGAUCCUCAACCCCAUCGACGCCACUUUCCAUGCCGGCAAGCUGAACAUCAUCAUGGGGCCUUCCGGCAGCGGCAAGACGUCCCUCCUGAACGCUAUGGCUCUGCGGCUCCAUAACAGCAUCAGCACGCGCCAUCUCCCUUCUGGAAGGCUUACGUUCAACGGUGCCUUGCCGUCCAACUCGGUCGUCCGCUCGGUGUGCUCGUACGUUUGCCAAGACGACGACGCGCUUCUGCCGUCCCUGACGGUGCGUGAGACACUCCUGUUCUCUGCCGGGCUGCGGCUUCCAUCACAUAUGAGCAAGGAGGAGAAGGCUAGACGGGCGGAGGAGGUGCUGCUCAAGAUGGGACUCAAGGACUGCGCGGACAACCUGGUCGGGAACGAGCUCGUCAAGGGCAUCUCGGGGGGCGAGAAGCGACGGGUCACAAUUGCCGUGCAGCUCCUCAGCGACCCCCGUGUGCUGCUCCUUGACGAGCCGACCAGUGGCCUGGACGCGUUCACGGCGAGCUCCAUCAUGGAGGUGCUGCAGGGCCUCGCCAACGAGGGACGGACCCUCAUCCUCACGAUCCACCAGGCCCGCUCCGACCUGUUCAGGCAUUUUGGCAACGUCCUGCUCCUCGCACGCGGCGGCUCCCCCGCGUACGCCGGUCCCGCCAAGGACAUGCUGGCCUACUUUCUGCGCCAGGGGUUCGAAUGCCCCACGCACAGCAACCCGGCCGACUUUGCGCUCGACCUCAUCGCGAUCGACCUGCAGCACGAGGCGAGGGAGGCCGAGAGCCGCGAAAAGGUCAGGAAGCUGGUGGACGCGUGGCGGAGAGAAGCCGAGGCGGCGCCGGGCGAAAAGACGGACGAGAAGACGGGCCGGCUGUCCGGCAUUGACGAGGAAGACGGAACAGCCCAACAACAGGCCGAGCCCACGACGCAAGCCCGAGAUGCGAUUACGAGGGCUUCUAGCUCGGCCGACCGCGCCGCCGCCGUCCGAGGGCCGCGCGGGUCCUUCAACAAGACGAGCCUCGCGACGCCGGCCGAGCUGGGCGCCCUCGUCCGCAAGCGCGCGUCCUUCCUGACGGCGUUCCCGCUCCUCCUCCACCGCGGGCUCAUCAACUUCCGGCGGCAGCCGCCGCUGCUCCUCGCGCGCAUCAUGCAGGUGGCCGGGCUCGGCAUCGUCCUCGCGCUAUUCUUCUCGCCGCUCAAGAACGACUACUACUCGGUGCAGAACCGCAUGGGGUUCGUGCAGGAGGUCGGGGCGUUCUACUUCGUGGGCAUGCUGCAGAACGUGGCCGUGUACCCGGCGGAGCGCGACGUCUUCUACCGCGAGGACGACGACGGCGUGUACAGCGUCGAGGCCUUCCUGGCGGCGUACUCGUUGCUGGAGCUGCCGUUCGAGAUCAUCAGCUGCCUCAUCUUCGGAGUGCUGGCGGACCUGGCGGUGGGGUUCCCGCGGACGGUCACCAUGUACUUUGUCUGCGUCUUCUCGUGCUUCGGCAUCGUGUCGUGCGGCGAGUCGGUUGGCAUCAUGUUCAACACGCUCUUCGGCCACACGGGCUUCGCCGUCAACAUCACAUCCGUCGUCAUGUCAAUAGCCAACACGAUGGCGGGGAUCCUAUCCAUCGAUAUGCCCAGGGUAUUCAACAUCUUCAACUACCUGUCGCCGAUCCGGUACGCGACGCGGGCGAUGGCGCCCUACAGUCUCGAGUCAGUGACCUUCACGUGCACCGACGGACAGAGGUUGCCGGACGGGCGGUGUCCCGUCGAGACGGGCGAAGACGUGCUGAACCUGUACAAGCUAAACGUGGACCCUAAAGUCAACAUUGCGGCGCUGGCCGGGUGCGUCAUCGUCUACCGGCUCGUCGCGUGGGCACUGUUGCGAAGUGUGCGGACGCGUUUGGACGGGUCGAAGAAGAGAGGUUAG